AUGAGACGAUUAUUCAGUAAACGCACAAAUGAAAAAGUUGAUGCUGUCAUCGAUCCGUACACUUUUGAUGAAGACAACAGCAGAAAUGAUCACACACAAGAAAUACUAAUGGGUCACACAAAUGGCUCCGCAUAUCAAGACAUCUCAAUCGGAGCAAGUAGAAGACGACCUGUACUUCGACGCAUGAUGAGCUUGGAAUCGGAUUUUCGCAUUAGUCGUGUGGAUCUUUCACCUCUUACGCAAGACGAUGCAAAAGUGCCAGCGCAAUCUGAAAUCACGAAUGUUCCUCAUGAAAUCACAAACGAUCUUCAGAAGCCUCACGAGCCCAUUCGCCGCCAAAACUCGACCAUCUCCUUUGCGCACCCUUACGCCGCUGAAUCUGAGAACUUCCGUGAUAUUUCUUCUGCAGCUAGAGCUUAUUUGCCCAAUAGCACUUCCUUUCUCACAACUACCACAAGUGAUGCUCGAUUAUACAAUGGUCAGAUGAGCAGCAAGCCAUCUUCUUUUCAGCUAAGUAGCAAGCCUAGCGGAGAAAUGAACUCGUGGCCAUCAAGUAUUCUCAUGCACCCACUCAACACGAUAUCACAGAAAGCAAAUGCCAGUUCUCCAAUUCGUCGAAAGGUACCACCUUCCGACCAGAUCAGUUGGAGAGAAUCGCUAGAACAACAGCUCGGCUUAGAAAGUGAGAUCGAUAAGCAGGAUUCAUUUUACAACUUGGAUCAUUUCUCUGACCAUGACAUUGUUUCAAAAGAUGCUGUCAGAUCAAGCACUCUUGCUAUGCACCGAAAACGUUCGGUUCCUGUUUUGAGAGGCGUAUCACAUGCAAACCGACAACGACAGUCUAUGCUCGUCUCUUUGGCACAGAAUGAGCCAGAAGUUGACGAAUUUGGACAAUUGAUUACACCGCCCGCCAGCAGACUAAAACCUUACUCGACCAAAGUGGUGGCAAAAGCUGGCGUAUCUACCCAAAAUGACCCGGAGCCUGGUUUAUUUUCUUCUCAAAGAUCCGCAAAAACUACCAGAGCAAGCAACAACCGUGACACGUUUGGCAUUCUCAUUGGAGGGCGUAAAGAGACUUCGCCAGAUCUACCGUGUAGCCUGCCACAAACGCCACCGAGGAUUGGCGCCAUGGCUUGUCCGCCCACACUUGGCUUAGAUACGCCAGCAUUGAUUGGCACACAAAGCACAUUUGGUGAAACGCCUCAAAGGGAAAUUAGAAGAGAUUUUCUGCAUACGUCCAUCUCUUCCUCAAGAUCAACGAGGAGUAGAUUGCGCAUGAAUGAUGCAAAGGAGAUCGUUUUACAGCCUUCUCCACAUUCGAGCACAUUUCGAUUUCCUGCUCUGUGUAUAGCUGCAAUGGACAGAGCGGAAGCAAUGGCAGAAGCUCUUGCUUCACCACAUUAUACAGAUAGAGCACAGCUAGGUAACCAUUCACCUUCGAUUUCUCUCGCCUCAGCUCGUUUUGAACGACCGUCGACUGCUGCUUCACAAGUAUCGGAAGAGCAAGAUCAUGCUAUGCAAGUCUUACUUGGCUCUCCUAUAAAGCUGACGAGCGAAGAGCCUGGAGGUGCACAAUCAAAUUUGAAGAGCAGAUUCAGUUCUUCGUCGGACUCGUCUUUUGUACAUUGUGAGUCCUCUGAUGAAGAGAGCAAAAUUGAAGCUCCCGAAAGAACUUUGAUGAAGGAAGCAAAAAGUGAUACGCACAUCAUCAUGAUGGACAGGUCUAGAAAGCCACGCUCGCUCUUUGAGAGUGAGAGCAUGCCGACUGUCAAGCUGGAAGCGAUUGAUCAACUCCCAGUGACGCCGCCAAAGCGAGCGGUAGAAAUCGUCAAGGCGGACAAAGAGGAAGCUCAAAGGCCAGAUGUUGAACGCGCAAGUCUUGCUGUAACAAAACCAGUUCCAAAGAGUAGUCUUGUGGUUUCAAGCAUUAUCGAGCAGCAAGAAGAGGUAAUGCAAAGAUUAAGGAGGAGCAGCAAAUGGAGUCCCGCUAAUAUCAAAGGACUUUCCCCUACCUUGGAAGCGAGAUCACGUUCUUCUUGGACAUGGGCUGCCUCCACUGAUGUGGAACUGGACUUGCCGAGUGAUCAAGAAGUCCAAGAUCCCUCAAGCAUGGAUAAAUGCGUGGAUUGGGAUUGCAAUGCUGUGUCUUAUGACGCAAAUGCAGCUCUCAAUCCGAUUGUAGAUGUAAAUCGCAAGCCAAGCUCUUUAACAUGCAGUGAAUCGCAGACCAAAGCAAGCUCAGACGGAAGCCAUGACGCAAAAACUCAAAAGAAGUCAUACAUGGUUGAUAAGGCCGUACAGACAGACGCUUGUCCACCUCCACGACCAGUUCGUAAUGAAGCACGAAGAGUGGACUCGAAAAAGACUCAGAAAGCUGUGACUCCAAUCAAGCCUCCAGACAUUUGCAUCUUGCUUGCUUCACCGCGAAGAGGUGACGAUCAGAAUCCACUGGAUGGCUUGAGCUUGAACGUUGGGUUGGGCAUUGUCUCAAACGAAGAGGAUCCCAAUGAAGGCACAAUGGAUGAAUCUUUAUUGACACCUAGGGCUAUUGAAGAUCCAAUUCCCAUACACGAAGGAUCAAAUACGACUCUCGAGAUUUUCGAUCAAGAAAUGGAUGCGUUAAUUCAAACACUUUCUUCAACAUUUACGCCAAUCGCUAAAAAGUACAAUGGCAUUCCUCUGACAUCGGUGAGUGAAGAAGGUUCGACGGAAGUACUCGAUUCUCCACCUUUGUCAUCAUCUACUACCGUGACAAUCUUACAAGCACCACGAGAGAGCACAACAACGGCCACCAUUGAAGCAAUGAUUGAGCAAUUGCGAGUUGCACAACGUACGCCCGAAAGAUUGGUAUUAAACAAAGGUGGAAGAAGACACGAAAAUAGAGCACAGCAGGAUUAG